UUGUUCAUUUACCGGUGUUGUGCCGAGAAAGCUUCCCACAUCAAUUGGAAAUUUUGAUCCUCCAAAUGAUGUCCGAGUUCCAAGCAAUUUCACUGUUCCGGCCGGAAAUGUUUAUAAAUUUAAGAUAUAUGCUGAUGGAUUUUUCUUGUACAUAUGUAAUAAUACUAAGUGGGAUUUUGAGGAACCUCGCAACGUACAUUUUAACCGCAAAGAAGAUAUCAACCUCUACCCCUUUUCAGGUGUGGGUUUAGUAGAAGUCAGAGAUCAAAAAAUUUAUGUUAGAUCUGCUAUUCCAAAAUAUGAUACUUCAGCACUGGCCUUAGAAAUUAUUGGGUUUACACCUUCAUCUGAUCCAUUGAAAGAUUAUCGUUAUGAAAUUAUGGCAGUUACAAAUACCACGGGAGAAGGUGCAUAUUCAGAUAUUACUUAUAUUAUUCUUACAGAGACUAAAGGCGGUGUAGCACCACCAGAUACCGAAU